UUAAGGUCAUUCGCAGGGCGACAGGGUACGUGGUAAAAUGUUUCAGCUGCCAUUUAGUGACUCAACUCAUGAUCUAUGAAAGAGGCGUGGAAACCUGUCCUCCUACUCUCUCUCGCUCUCUCUCUCUCUCUGUCAUUCAGCAAGCUCACACAACAGAGUCAAUAUUCAGAAAUCACCUGAGGAACUUUCUCUACUUGCAUCUUGAUUUUUAUUCACAAAGGCUUCAUUCAGGCGGACCCAAGGGAUACUUCUCUCUUUAUUUGCCUGUCUGUGCUGUGGAAACAGUAAAGAGGAACAGGGUUUGAUUUCGUUCCUGAGAGACUCUUUUGAAGAGUCAUCUUCUCAGCUAUUCAGUUUGUGUCUGCUCGACUCUUUUAGUCCCACACUACUUUUUUGUUGUGAGGGAGAAUGUCAAGGACUCUCUAUGGCGCUUAUGUUGUUUUAUGGAUUUUUUCUGUAGUGGAGUGUAAGGUUCCAGUGGUUCGUGUGACCUGCAUCUUCUCUGAGGACUGUAUUCUUCCCUGCUCUUUCACAGCCAAUAAUAGUGAUGUGAAUAUUAAGUGGUACCAGCAGGAUGCGCUCAUUCUCAGUUUACAGCCCCGGCACAGUACUGAUGACAAAGCGUGGCUCGUCAGCGACGACGUCUCCAAGGGCGAUGCAUCGCUGCUUGUGAAACGAGUAAAUACACGGAGUAAAGGACGAUACAAAUGUGUGGUCAACGAUGUGACUCGGGCAGAUGUUUCUGCAACAGUGGAAGCUCCCAUCAGUACGAUCUUCAUUAACACCGAUCCCUCUGGGCUGAUUGGCUGCUCUACUAAAGAAGUUUACCCAGCUCCGACGGUGCAGUGGAGCACAAAGCCCAGUUCACCGCCUGCGGUCCUGCAGCACAUCACCCGCAUGGCUCCCGGAGAAAAGGGCCUCUUUAACGUGGAGAGCGUCCUAAAACGGCAGAAUAACAGCCUUGAUCAUAUUUAUGUGUGUAACAUCACCUCCAAAUCCGGCUCGCAGACAUGGACAGCUUCAUUAAAGCUGCAAGAAAUGAACAGCGCUGAAGGGCAAGACCUGAUUAUUCCAUGUAGAGCUCCCAAGGACCUUCAGUCCUUCUCUCUCGUCUGGACUUUUACGACGGUAAACAAAACCACAGAUGUCCUCGAGUAUGACAGCAGGACCCAUAAAUCCAGCCGCUCCUGGGAUCAUGUAGAACUAAAGGAGGAAAAUGCAUUGAAAGGGGACGUUUCACUAAACCUGCAGAAACCUGUUGACUCAGAGCACUCUGGAAUCUACACAUGUGCCCUCUCCGGAGCAAAGACGCGUCAUGUGAUCCAGACUCGUGUUGUUUUUACAUCCUCCAGGCAGGGCAAAGAUUUUCUUAAAUAUAAUAUGUGGAUGCUGGGCAUCGUCGCAGGAUUAAUCGCACUUCUCGCAAUCACUUUGGUUAUAAAAAAAUACAGAGCAAAAUUGAAAAGAAAUCAAGAAAACGCUGGAGAGGAUGCGGAAAUGCAAAGCAUGAACUCAGCCAAAACAUUGGAAGAGCCAGAAGCAGGAAGUAAACUUCUGACAGAGCCUUCGGGUUCGCACAGUUAAAACAGAAGAUUAGAAUAGAGAAGUUGGAAGACCAACUGAUGGGACUUUAUUUGGAUUUGUGUGAAGAAAAUGUCAUUCAGGAAAUAUUCAGAUGAAACUAAACAUUUCUUGUAUAUUGUGGUUUUGAAUGAUGCUUUGAUUAAAUAUAUUUUUUUAAAGAUUAUAUUAAAAAAAGAAAAUAUUAAAAAUAAAUACAUUAUUUAUGCGAAAUUUCCCGUAAAUCUCAC